AUAUUCAUCAUGUCUUCAAUCUUGAAUUCACAAGGUGUGGUGUUGGCCACCGCCAUGGCGGUCUCCGGCACUGUCAUCAUCCUCGCUCUGCGCCUCCAGAAGUCUUUUCCGGCCACCCAAUUCAACUUCAACUCAAUCCACCACCACUCUCCACCACCACCCCUCCCUCGAUCUUGCAUCUCUUCAGAGGAGAAGAAGAGAGAGAAGAAGAAGAAGAAGAGGGUGCAGUUUGCAGAGGAUGUGGUGGACCCAGUGGGAAAUAGUGAAGAGUUUAGGAGGCAACACAUUAAUAAUAGAAAUAGCAAUGGUUUGUCUUCAAAUUCAUCAUCAAAAAUCACACGACAUGCAAAGAAGUCUAAGGAAUGCCGUAGAAACAGGAAGCCCCUUUUCUGUGUACAAGGAAUUCUAAGGGACCGUUUGGUUCACCAUCGCUUGGCUUAUUCCGAUUGA